CAUCGAACAUUCUGUUACAGAAGUGCAACACUUAUUCCAAUCUAACAACAUGAAACCAGUGGCAAUGUUCGCGUGUCUGAUCGUGCUGAUCUUUACUCUGCAGAACGUACAUUGUGCCUGUCCUUAUGCGCAUCCCUACCCGUACGACGUGUGUGGACCAAACGAAGAGUACCAAACGUGUGGUACCGCUUGUCCUAAUACUUGUGCCGAUCUGAACGAGCAACAGAAACCGUGCACCAAGCAAUGUGUUCAGGGAUGCUUCUGCAAACCUGGGUUUGUUCGAGAGUCUAAGGAAGGCAAAUGUAUUCCGAAAUGCUCCAAUGAAAACAUGCCCUUAUCAAAAACAAGUACAGCCAUACUGUUCGUUCGAUUGGUUACACCUUGUUUGUAUUUACGUGUUAACAUUGGCUCGAAUCCAGUAAACCACAUCAUGGAUCGAAUGGAGAACUUCCGAUAUAAAAAUGCUGCUUUCGGAUACAUUCGAGCUGUGAGCCGAAAGAGACAUGUGAAGGUGAAAACGAACAAUACGAAAAAUGUAUCCCUAAGGAACCGAUGA